AUGUUUGCGACGCGUUUGCAGCGCGCGCGCCGGUGCGUUUACGGUGCGGUCGCGCUGCGUUUGCGGCGCAGUCAGACGAAGGCGGGCGGGCGCGGGUCGACGGCGGUGCGGACGCGGCGCGCGGCUGGCCCCGGCCACGCCCAGCCGCUGUCGCUCAGGGCCACCAGUCACACGGGCCCCGCCCACUCCACCACCUCCUGGGAAACAGCAAGCAGUGGCAGACAGUGGCACACAGCGGCGUUG